AUGGCUUGCUGGUCUGCUGAAAAUGCUACCAAAGCCUUUCUCAAAACCAUGAACAUAGGAAAGAGAGCUACAGAACCAAACGGGGCGGAGUUCAUUUCCGCGCUAGCAGCAGGAAAUAAUGCACAAGUAAUGGUGGUUGCAUGUGCCAAUGUUGCAGAUUCUACCACCCUUGCCCUGGUGGCUGCAGCUCAACAAACCGGAGGACGAGUCAUUUGCAUCCUCCGGGGCAUAGAAGAAUUACAUCUAUCCAAUAUGGGCAAAAACUCUAGUCACCUUGAGUUUGUUGUCGCGAAUGCUCAGAUUUACUGA